GAAAGUAGUGCUCGGCGGAGUGAUCCGACCCGCGGAGGAGGGGCGCAGGAGGCCAUAUAAGGGACGGGAAGGGAAUGUGUGGCGCAGUUGUGGUUGUGGAAAAUGCAGAUCUUCGUGAAGACCCUGACGGGCAAGACCAUCACCCUGGAGGUAGAGCCCAGUGACACCAUAGAGAAUGUCAAGGCCAAGAUCCAAGACAAGGAAGGCAUCCCCCCCGACCAACAGAGGCUGAUCUUUGCUGGCAAGCAGCUGGAAGAUGGACGCACCCUGUCUGACUACAACAUCCAGAAGGAAUCCACUCUGCAUCUUGUCCUGCGCCUGAGGGGUGGCAUGCAGAUCUUUGUGAAGACCUUGACAGGCAAGACCAUCACCCUGGAGGUAGAGCCCAGUGACACCAUAGAGAAUGUCAAGGCCAAGAUCCAAGACAAGGAAGGUAUCCCCCCCGACCAACAGAGGCUGAUCUUUGCUGGCAAGCAGCUGGAAGAUGGACGCACCCUGUCUGACUACAACAUCCAGAAGGAAUCCACCCUGCAUCUUGUCCUGCGCCUGAGGGGUGGCAUGCAGAUCUUUGUGAAGACCUUGACAGGCAAGACCAUCACCCUGGAGGUAGAGCCCAGUGAUACCAUAGAGAAUGUCAAGGCCAAGAUCCAAGACAAGGAAGGCAUCCCCCCCGACCAACAGAGGCUGAUCUUUGCUGGCAAGCAGCUGGAAGAUGGACGCACCCUGUCUGACUACAACAUCCAGAAGGAAUCCACCCUGCAUCUUGUCCUGCGCCUGAGGGGUGGCAUGCAGAUCUUUGUGAAGACCUUGACAGGCAAGACCAUCACCCUGGAGGUAGAGCCCAGUGACACCAUAGAGAAUGUCAAGGCCAAGAUCCAAGACAAGGAAGGCAUCCCCCCCGACCAACAGAGGCUGAUCUUUGCUGGCAAGCAGCUGGAAGAUGGACGCACCCUGUCUGACUACAACAUCCAGAAGGAAUCCACCCUGCACCUUGUCCUGCGCCUGAGGGGUGGCAUGCAGAUCUUUGUGAAGACCUUGACAGGCAAGACCAUCACUCUGGAGGUAGAGCCCAGUGACACCAUAGAGAAUGUCAAGGCCAAGAUCCAAGACAAGGAAGGCAUCCCCCCUGACCAACAGAGGCUGAUCUUUGCUGGCAAGCAGCUGGAAGAUGGACGCACCCUGUCUGACUACAACAUCCAGAAGGAAUCCACCCUGCACCUUGUCCUGCGCCUGAGGGGUGGCAUGCAGAUCUUUGUGAAGACCUUGACAGGCAAGACCAUCACCCUGGAGGUAGAGCCCAGUGACACCAUAGAGAAUGUCAAGGCCAAGAUCCAAGACAAGGAAGGCAUCCCCCCUGACCAACAGAGGCUGAUCUUUGCUGGCAAGCAGCUGGAAGAUGGACGCACCUUGUCUGACUACAACAUCCAGAAGGAGUCCACCCUGCACCUUGUCCUUCGCCUGAGGGGUGGCAACUGAACUGGUUGCUGUUUGCUUUCAAGUGCUGUGUUUCUGUGCACUUGC